GAAUAUGUAGAUGAAGAAGGUGUAAGAUGGACUACAGACCGAUGUAAACCCCAUAUAUCCUUACUUAACUUUUAUAACUUAACUUGGAAAGCGAGAAAUAAUCAUUUCUUAAAGGCUUCAGAUGUUAAACCAAAAGAGGAAAGAAGACCCACAGUUAAUGAACUAUCCAAUCAGAAAGGAAUUGUACAGAAAUCUAGUGGUUGGAAACUAUAUCACAUGGCAGCUCAAUUAGAAGAUUUGGUUGAUCUAGAGAAAGAGAUCUGUGAAAGAGUAACCAAAUAUCAACAUUUAUUUGAACCUAAAAUACCUACUGGUGGUAAAAUAGAGAAUGAUUACAAUAAACCUUAUGAAAUGGCACAGGCAAAUAUUCAGAGAUGCCAGUUAUUGGUAGAUCAGUUAUUAGAAGCGAAGUCGUCUAUGUUGAAAGUUUUAGACCACAAACCUAAAAUCCAGGAAAUUGUGAAUAAACACAUGAGUAAACGACCCAUUAAAAAGAAAGAAAGACCCUAA